GAGACCUCUUCGCAACCGAGUCCUGGCUGUGUGCAGGCCGCGGAGAGCCUCCUGUGGGUUCUGCACUUCAUUGUGACCAAUCGAGCUAGCCACGGUGUCGGCUACUUUGACCCGUCAGUCGUCGCGGCCAUACCCUCCUUGCCACACCUGUUUCCUCCCGACUUCAACGACCUGGACGAGUCAUUGGAGAUUGAGCAUGGCCUCCUGGUGGAUGAUGUCAUUCACCAGCUCUGCCUGCAUCCAAUGACCUCCUCAGAGGUCUUGUCAGCCAUUCCGCCCCAACCUCGACGCAGUUUGGCUACAAAGACUUUGGUGGGAGAGGAACAGAAGUAUUCUUUGCGGCCUGAGGUUCUCGUCCGUCGAUUCGAUCUCUUCUAUCCUUCUUACAGACUGGAAGUUGCCACCCAAGCUAAGGAGACGGUAGUUACGACGUUGACGCAGGCUCGUAAAGUCAACUCAACCCUCUUCCCGGUGGGUUUCCCCAUUCCGCCACCACCACCUUGUCCUCGACGACGUUUUGUCGAUCACCUGAAUGCACCAAUCCUGCGGCUGCUUCGCUGUCCAACUUUUAUCCGCCUCCUUCGUCAACUGUUGGACAUUGGCAUCAAGUAUGGGAGCCAACAGUCGAGAUGGUCCGACACCCUUCUUGAGCUGGUCCUCCAUCUGAUAAUUAUCGCUCUCUACGAGGACUUUGUAGCAUUCGUGGAAACUGGCGAAAGACCCUUCCUGAAAGCGGUCUGUCUGGUGCCUGAAGAAUCCGAGAGUGCCGAGGAAUUGGAGCACCUUGCAGAACCUCGGCACUGGGAAAGGCCUGACCAUUCCGCUUCGACAAAUUACUCAGAACAAGUACUGAAGGAAAUGGAGGCACGGAAAGCCAGUGUCAUGACUUUCGUCGCAGAGAUGCAUAGCUGCAGCUGGAACCCGACAGGUGUUGACGAUGUAACGAAGUGGCUGGAGGAGACGCUAGAGGACAGGCUCACAGAAGCAAUAGCAGCAAUUAAUGCAGAGAAAGCAGCUGCAGCAACAGCCACAGAAGUAGAAGUAUCGGAGGCACUUUGUGCUCAGAUGUGCGACGGGCAGCUUGGCGAAGUGAUAUUGCUGGUCAUUCGUGUGAUCCACUUUAUUGUUCCCCGGGCCUUAAAUUAUCGACAGUUUACAACACUUCUGGAUGAAGUUGGAAAUAACUAUCACGGUCUGCUUUUGCACAGCAAUGGCAUUGAGCAUCCUGAGCUAGCCGAAACUGAGUGGCUCCUUAUGUUUUACUUUCUCGUGGAUAUGACAGCACAUCUGAACCGGCUCAACUUCAGAAUGCAAGGAAAUGGAAAUACAGUGUUAUCCCUUCAACAAGCCAUGUAUGCUUUGGAAAAAAAGCUGGGGCCGUUGAUCACUGAUUUUGAAACAGAUCGUUUACUACAUUCUGAAAAACGGAGAGCAUAUAAAGAUGCAUGCACAGUAAGUGGACCCCAACAAAACUUUGAUCUCCACCAGCUAGUUGGCUUCAUACCUUGUCUCCUGCAGUCGUUCAAGACACGCUUUGGAGAAUUUCGGGCGCACACUCAUCUUUUUAGUUUCAUCACUCACCCAUCCGAGUGUUUACUGAACACAGCCGACUUAAGUUAUAUUCCUAAUGUCUCCGUUAGACAUUCCGAAGAAGAGGAAGUGGCUGACCUGAAGGCCUCCAACAUGUGUAUGAAUAAGUUAAAGUCACUCAGUGUAGAUAUUGGAAGAAUCUAA